UAAUUAAUUAUUAAUUACAUUGAAAACUAUCGUUUGCUCAUUUUUAGUAAUAACCAAAAAUUGUAAAACAUUUGUAUAUAAUGUGAGUUUAGAAAAGUGUUUGUGUCCAUUCUUGUUAUAGUCACAGGUUUAAGCGCAACUGUCAGAAGAGCGGGAUUCAGUAAAUUUGUUUAGUUGCAUCGUAAUGCUUUAGGUACAGUUUCUUUAUUAUUAAUUUUAUUUAAAAUAGUUCUGCAUAAUUUGUUAAAAUGUCGCACAAUAUCUCCAAAUCUAGUCCACAUGGGUUUUGCGACGCAAUAUUUUCUAUGUCACCAAUAAAAUUUGACAAAGAAAACAAGUCUCCGGCAAAAGAGGUAUCAAAAGCAUCACACCGUAAUAUAUUUACUGAAUCACCUACAAUAAAAAAUCAAAAUAAAACAAAACAAUUGUUAUAUAAAAAACAUAAGUUAUAUACGAGAAAUGAGAUUUCUCAAUUUCUUGAUCCAUUGAAAAGAUCAUCUAAUGUCGAUGAUAAACAUUCCAAAACAAUAAAUACAUUACAAAACAAUGAUUCUUUCAUAUCCGGUAAUAUAAUGAAAACUCCUUUAAAGACAGAAUCUGUGUCCAGAUUAUCUGAUAAUAAAGCUGUUCCUGGAUAUUUAUGUACACCAAAGCAGCAAAAAACAUGUUUAACUCCACGUAAUACAAAAAUGAACGUAUUAUCUUCUUCUAAGACUCCUACGAAAAGAUAUUUCAGUGAUCAAAAUCUAUCACAAGCGACUCCUGAUUGUUUUAGUAAAGUACAACUUGAAACGCCUAGUGUUAAAUUUAAUGAUAAUGGAAUGGAUGAAGCUAUUGAAGGUGAAAAUAGUAAUUUAACAGUCGGUAUACGUGUGAGACCUUUGAAUUUAAAAGAAUUAAGUGAGGUAAAAAUUGCUUCAGUUUUAAAUAUUGAUGGUCAAAGCAUUAAUGUAGAUUGUGAAACAUCACUACAUAGAUUUACAUAUGAUCAUUGUUUUGUUUCUUACUCUGAUUCGUCAAUAUCUAAACAUGCUAGUCAAGAAGUUGUUUUUAAUACCAUGGUAUUGCCAUUAGUACAAAAUGCAUUUGAAGGUUAUAACGUAUGUCUGCUUGCAUAUGGUCAAACAGGAUCUGGUAAAAGUUAUAGCAUGAUGGGUAUUGAAUCUUCUCAAGAAAAUUCUAUGAUCGUUGAUAAAGAGGCUGGUAUCAUACCACGAUUUUGCCAGGAAAUAUUUACACAAAUACCCAGUAAUAAAAAUUUUAAAACAACAGUAGAAAUAAGUUACUUUGAAAUUUACAACGAGAAGAUACAUGAUCUUCUAGCGAGUGCUACUAACGGAGAUAAAAGGACAGCUCUUAAAGUUAGAGAACAUCCAGUUUAUGGACCUUAUAUUGUAGAUUUAAGUCAGCAUUGUAUAAAAAAUUAUAAAGACUUACAGAUUUGGUUGAAAGUAGGUAAUUCUCAGAGAGCAACAGCAGCAACUGGUAUGAAUGAAAAAAGUUCACGAUCACAUAGUAUUUUCAGUAUUAUAUUAACUCAAACGCAAUUAAAUGAUUUGAAAUGUUCAUCCACUGAUGCAAGUCGUCGUAGUAAAAUAAAUUUAGUCGACUUAGCAGGCAGUGAAAGAUUAAGUCAAACCUGUGCAAGUGGAAAUAGAUUAAGAGAAGGUGUAUCUAUCAAUAAAUCUCUUCUUACCUUGGGGAAAGUAAUCGCAUCGCUUGCAGAAAAUACAAACAAUCGUAAACGAGGUUUUGUCCCAUACCGUGAAUCUGUUCUAACGUGGCUACUAAAAGAAAGUUUGGGUGGAAAUUCUCGAACGGCAAUGUUAGGUACAGUUUCACCAGCUAACAUUCAUCUCGAAGAAACCUUAUCAACUCUUCGAUAUGCAUGCCAGGCACGGGCUAUUGUUAAUCGCAUUCGAAUUAAUGAAGAUCCACAUGACAGAUUAAUUCGCGAAUUGAAGGCGGAAGUCUUACGAUUACGAGGAGUUCGUGAAGGAUAUGAAAAACAACUUGGAGUUUGUCCACGUAAACUUGUUGAUAGCAUAGAAUCAAACGUAAAGGACACCGAGGAGAUUGAACGAAAGCAAGAGGAAAUUAACAGGUUAAAAGAACAAUUGAAAAAAACAGAGGAACAACUUGCUGCCACUCAAAAGAGCAGCUUGGAAAAAUUACAGGAAACCGAAGAAAGAAAGAAUUCCGAGCUAAAAUAUUUACGACGUUGUGGAAUUGCAGUUGAAAUUGAUUUACGUGAAAAGGAUAAACAACCAUGUUUAAUAAAUCUCGCUGCUGAUCCUAUGUUGUCUGGUACAUUGUUGUAUUUAAUUCCGCCUGGUUUGGUACGCAUUGGAAAACGUUCAGAGAACUCAGAAACCUUUAAAAAAGUACCAUUGGAUAUCGUUUUGGAUGGGCCACUUGUUAGAAAAUUGCACUGUACUAUAGAAAAUAAAAAUGGUAAGCUUAUGUUGUUGCCAGAGAUGGAUGGUGAUACCUAUCUGAAUGGUCAGGUGGUGAGUGGGAAAGUACAUCUAAAACAUGGUGAUCGACUUGUCAUAGGUGGCAAUCAUUACUUCAAAGUUUCAAAUCCACAUGAUGAGACUGGAAACAUACAAAUUUCUUCACAAGCUAUAGACUUUGAAUUUGCACAUCAAGAAAUACUCAAGAUACAAGAAGAAAAAUUAAGAGCAGAACUGGAGGAAUCAAAACAGAAAGCCAUAAAGGAAUUAGAAAAUGCAAAACGAGAAGUAGAGUUACAACUUGGCUCUCAAAAAUCUACCUACGAACAUAAAAUCGAGGUUCUUGGUAGUACAUUGGAAGAACAAAAAUUAGCAUUGGAAGAAAUAAAUCGUCGUAAACAAGAACUCGAAUUAGAAAAAGAGAUACUCGCUAAUGAAAUAGAAACGAAUAAUAGAAUCAAAAAAAUUCAACAAGUGGAAACUAAAGCAAAUGUUUCACCAUACAAGUCAAAUUUUCUUCAAGAAUUAGAAAGCAUAUUGAACGAAACUACUGCAGAUUUUGAAAGUGCCCUUAAAAUCAAAACCAGUGCUGAGACUAUAAAAGCUGGUGGUAUUAGUUUGCACGAGAUGCAAAUACUCGUUAGGGAAGCAACUGAACGAUGCAGAGAAGUUGGUAUAAAUUAUGAAUUUAAUCAACAACAGACUCUAAUUGAUAAGAAUCUGAGACCUGUGAUUCGUGUUCGAGAUAAAGAUCAUAAAAGGGAAACAUUGUGGGAACCAAUGCGAUUUUUAGAUUGGGUUCAUCAGUUGCGUGAUUAUGAUAUAGAAAAUUCGUUGAAAGAGUUACAGAAUUCAGAAAAUGAUUGGAUACCUUUCGAUAAUACCGAAACGUUCGACGAUUCUUUAAAUAAUAGUAGAAUUUCGAUAAAUUUAACACCUGUGAAGAAACAUUUGAACGAAAGUUUUCAACAAUUAUCUAUGGAUACGUCGAUGCAUGAUUCUAUGACGCAAGAGGAAGUAUCCGAAUCUCAACAGCGCAAGAACGUAAACACUUAUCUUAUGCAAAUUGAACGCGCGACACAAUCUUUAAGUAAACUAUGUCAACAAUGUGAAAGCCCUGAAAUUAACAAUACAAUUAGCGAUUCUUUAGAUAGAGUACAAAAUAUUAUCGUUGAUAUAAGGAGUAUGUUGCUUGUUAAAAAUUUGAAGGAUAGUAAAAAUGAAAGUGUAAGUUCGACUGGAUCUGUUAAUAAUACUGUGAUCGAAAGAAUUGAUUGUACAAACACCGUGCAAUUUGUGAAUAAUGAUAUUCCUAAAGAAGAUAUCAAGUUAAACGCAUCUCCGGUCAAAUCGAAUUUACGCAAUAAUAAUAUUACACAUCCUAAAAAUGGAAAUAUUCCAAAAUCCGUACGAUUUACGGAUAAAAUUCAACAUCAUCUAACUUAAUAUUUAAAAAUAGAAAACUUGUCGAAUAAUAUAAAAUAUUUCUUUCUUUGCCUACAAUGGCUGAAAAUAAUGAAGCGAGAAUAUGACACCUGUGAUAUAUUAUUCACUAAAUGAUUUUUAUAAAAUUAUUGAAGGUUUAGAAAUAAAAUAAUCAACCGUUGUUUCCAACAACAAGCUUUUUCUUAAAAAUAAAUUUGUCAUAUUGUUAUUAGGAUCUCUUAAUCUCAUUCAUUCUUGCCAUUUUUAUUUUUAUUUAUCUUCUUGACAAGACUUAUUAAUAUUUUAUUAUAUUUGGUUAUAUUCUUAA